UUGAUCGCGUAUAUAUCUACUUCUAGCUUAAAUAGAAUUUAAUGCGGACGUUAUAUGCUAAACUUAAAUAGGAAUGUUUUGCAAAACAGAAACUUGAUUUUGUAAACGUUUCGAGCUAUUGACUGCGUGUGGAUUUUCAUUAACACUUUGUACAUGUCCAGAAUGUAUUCAUGGUAUUUUGAAGCGUUAAAGAACUCGGGGGUACAAUAUUGCACAUAGUUGUUCUAAUACUGGCACACUUGACAGCAACGUGAAACGAAAUUGAUAGAAAAGAAUAAAUGAAGAGCAAUCGCGCGUCAUAUGAUAGAGCGGAGUUUGACAGACCAGAAGAGAGGGUAGAUCUAGUUAUUAAAGGGGAGUUAGGCAGACCAAAUAUGGCAGCAACUACAUGUAUACAAGAAGAACCAGAUAGUGUUUUGAACAGCAAUGAACAACUAAUAGAAACUAGAACUGAGGAGAAUUACAAUGGAACACGCAUAAAAGACCACCCCACUUGUACAUGUAAUAUAUUGAAAUGGUGUUUUGCCAUUGUUGUAGUGGCCGCGUUAGUGAUUGUCAUAUUAGUACUUUUGGCAGAGCGAAACCAGAAACACGAAGGAUCGCCACCCGCACCACAAGCAUCUAGGUUUAGCAGUUACGUAAACGCCGAUGAUAGAAUAGAUUUACGUAUAAGUGCAGAGACUAGCUCGUGUGAAGGACAUUCGUGUGUCAUCUGUAAAACAGACGUUAUCCCCCAUCUUGAAGCGAAGGAGUGUUCUGAACCUGAACCAAAUGUAAAGAACGGCAGUUGUUUUCUGUGUGAAAAGACAUGCUUGACGUUGCAGGACUUGUUGAAUACAUUAAAAGAAGACAAGAAACAUGUGUUGUGCCCAUGGCCAAUUGAAUUAGAUUGUUGUAUACUAUCAAUUAUGGGCAACCUCUCUCACUAUUGCGGAGAAGGAGGACGGUAUCUCUGCUACAGUGAAUCAAUACACGUCCAUCAUCACCAGUCAGUAAAAGAACCUGUAUGUCAGUGCCCGCAUGGAAGUCGGUCAAAACACUGCAAUAAACCAUAUACACAACCAGCAGAGUGUAGAUGUUUUAAAUCCUCUCGGAAAUUUUGUGGUCAGGAACAAAUCACACAAUGUGAUAAUGUAAAAGCAACAUGGUCGACGUGUCAUAUGACUCGAUCAGAUAAAGAAUACAACUGUCUUUGUAACAAAUUAACAGGAAAUGAAGACCAUUCCGUACGGUGUCCACAUUCAAAUUCAGACCCUAACAGUACAUAUGCAUUUGGCUGAAGGAGAACAAGUUGCAGCCUUUGUAUACAUAGUGUAUAUAUCAGAUAUAACUGUUCCAUAUCGAUGUAUAUAGAUAUGCUGUCGAAGAAGUUCACCUAAAAGGAAAAAUGAUAUUGAAAAUUAAAAGAACCAAACUAAUUAAGACUUCAGUAACAUCCACUGGAUUUUCAAACAGAUUUUGCUAGUCAUUUUGAACGGACUAAAUAGAAGGGGACAAAACAUUCAUAGAAAAUAGAAUCGAUAACGUUUACAUUUGACUGUGAUACUUAUCAUUGGUGUAUUUUGACUUAAUAUGGUCUAUGCCUCACACAAGACUAAAACAAAAAAGGAAUGUCAUUUUAAUGGUUUAAUUACAUUUCAGUGGAAAAAGAAAAUACAGAAGUAUUGCAUGUUUAUCAAAAAUUAAAAGUAUUAAAAUAUUACGAACAGAUAGGUGAUUGGAAUUAAUAUAUAUAUUUUUUUGUUGUACUUCUAUAUAACAUCAUUAUUUCACAGAUUUCCAUACAUUUCACUCUUUGAAUUUGCCAAAAAUAUGAAGAGCAAUACUGAAAAAUAUGAGACAUGUGUAUCUUUAUUAAACAUAUUCAGAAUUUAAGUAGAAUAUGUUGCUGUUGAUAGUGCUUAUAUGAAAUGUUUAUAAUUUGCUGACUUACAUUUCGUAUUUUUCAAAAAUUCAUAUUUGUAUUGUGUUCUGUAGCAAACUUGUAACUCUCUCGCACGACCAUAAAAAUUCAUGUUAAAAGUCUUAAUAAUCGAUAUAGAUUUUAGAUACUAAUGAUGUGAUAUGGAGCGCCUGUAUAUGUUACAGACUCCGGUAUAUACCGGAUUCAAGUAAUUUGAAUGAAAAGCAUCUUUAAUGCAUUAUUUUGUACGAACCGUAACCUUUAGUCAGUAUAUAUUAUACAUAUUAUACACUAAAUGCUCGCGGACAUGCAAUAAUUUGCGUAUUUUUGCCGUUUGCUCCAAUUGAUAAUCACUUCCACACAUGCGCAGAAGACCGCUCCAGCUCUGCAAUGAGCAACUUCGUAUAAUAUCUGCAGUAUUGUCAGUGAUAAUUCCUUGUUAUAGUUUAUUAGAGUAUGUUAUUUUUUAUACGCCAGUAUGUCAUGAUAUCAUGAAAUUGAGAGAAAUAAACGAAUUAAAAUAUGAAA